AUGCGCACAUAUGCCGCGGCGCCCGUGUCCUCUAAAUGUAGGCCAAGUCUGGAUAUGGCCGUGCAACCUGCUCCAGCCGGGAUUUUCAACCUUGACCUUCAAAGUCUCCCCAAGGCCGAGACGGGUCAGUUUGUAUGUCUCCAUCACGCUGAGGAGGUGGUGACGGACAGCACAGGCGGAGAGGUGGCGGCCUGGACUUUAGAUCAGUUGGAGGGUUAUCAUGACCGAGCUCCCGCUGUGCUUGCCCCCACCUCUCGUCCGCCAGCUCUGCCCUUUCACCCCCAAGCGACUCCUGUCAGAGCCGUUAGGGAGACGGACGGGAACGAGUGGGCAGAUUUACGCCCCUCUGCUGACCGGCUGGACCACAUUCCCAGCAAAGAUGGCGGGGAUAACACAGGCUCUCCACUCACGGGGGGAUAA